AUUCAAACUAUAAAAAGCAAUGAAAUCAUCGAUGACAUUACCCACAAGAUUUAAACAAUGUUACGAUCAAUAUCGAUAAUGUUAAUGGUAACCAUCAUCAUAUAUUUGAUGGUUAUUAUCAACAACAUUGAUGCCGCAUCAAAAACAAAUGAUUGUGAUCGUAAAAAAGCUGAUCAAUGUUCAUUGAAUUUAAUACCAAUAACAAAUGAAGAAAUUUUAAGAAAAUUACCAAAAACUAUCGGUGAUAUUGAUUCAUAUUGUGGAAAAAUUAAUCGUUAUGAAAAAUGUAUGAGAAAAUAUGCUGAAAAUUGUUUGAAAAAACAAACAAAACAAACAUUAUCGGUUAUUAUUUAUAGUAUUGGUCGUAUGAAUAAAAAAUAUUGUCAAAAAGAAUCGAAAAAAAAAUUAUUACUGAAUUUGAUACAAUGUUCAGGUCAAACAGCAAUCAAAUAUUAUAGUGAUUUAAUACAAAAUGUAUCCAAUCAAAUGCAUGGUAUUCGUACUUAUUCGGAUGUUAAACUUCGUAUACCAAUGGUUUGUUGUUUAUAUAAUAAAAUUUCAGCUGAAGCAAUGGAAUAUUCGGAUAAAAUAUGUCCAAAAUAUACAAAUGAAGUUGAUUCAAUAUUACGUGGUUAUAGUGGUGAUGCAUUAAAUUUACUUUGUGGUGAAUAUGGUGAUGAUUCGGAUAAAUGUGAUUCAAUUCUGACUAAAAUACCUGAUUGGAAAGGAAAAAUUGAAUGGAAAAGUUUUAUUAUGAUGAUUGCCAUGUUGGUUGAUAGUCUUGAAUGAUGAACCAUAUUAAAUUACAAUUCAUUUUUUUUAUUAAACAAAAUAAACUUCAAUAAAUUUUUU